AUGUUUGUUAUGACUUGCGAUGGUAGCGAUUAUGAGAAGUUUUGCAAGUAUCCAACGUUGAAUAAAGGCUUUCUCCAAGAGCGAGAUGCACGUAACUUUGUCCCUCCAUGGUGA